UCUCCACCACCCCUCAACAAAUCUCUCCGCCCUCCGAAUCCUCUCCAAACCCUAAUUCACCCUUUCUUUCCUCCAUCAACCCCUAAUUCUCCAUCUUCAUCCCUUUUUAGGAGAGGCGUAAGUGCCAGAUUAUUCACUCAAUCAAACCUCCAUCCUACUGUUAUUCAAGUAAUGGAUCGGGUGGACACAUCCGGGUUUGUGAGUGGGGGGCGAAUUUAUUGAAGAAAGAUUCCGAAAGUUCUGUUCUUGAGUUCUUGAAUCCACAUGGCUGAUACCCCUCAGUAUUUCCCUUCGAUCUCAGGUUCAAACGCCUGCAAAUGUGUUAGAAAAGUUGUUCAUGGCGGAAUCAGUUUUCCCUCAAGCUUUGACUCCCCAAAUUCGAAUGAAAGCAAGAGAAAGCAGAGUUCCAUGGAUGGGGGUAUAGAUUUGCAAGAUGGGUCCUCAUUGUCUCUUGGGUUGGGUUGUUCUAUGAACUCCGGGGUCACCAUGUUUUCCGCCAAAGAAUUCGAAGAGGAUUCUUUGAGCCUUACAAUGAACUUCCAUCGGCUAAGUGACCUGAAAAUGGACCCGAAUUAUGGUGCUUCCGAUCCAUCAAGAACCCAAGGACCGAAAGUGGAUCUUGAGUUAAGUCUCGCUGCUGGAUCUGUCCAAUCCGAUGUCACUGCUGUUGGUGAAGCAUCGUUUCCGUUCAAUUUUAGGCCACCGGUCACGAGCAGCACCAUGACCUCCGGCGGAGUUCAACUUGUGGACGAAGGCUCGACAUCAUCUCGUUGGAAGUUACCUCUUUUUACAGAGCCUAUAACUCCUUUUCACCAUGUUCAUGGCCAUAAUGGUCAGAAUUUGGUUAUUCAUGGUGGCUCGGUUUCAUUCGAUUCUGGGUUUGUCAAUCCACAGCAGCGGCGUAACGGAAACGUGAAAGAUUGUCGGUUUAUCGGGUGCACAAGGGGGGCAAGAGGUGCUUCUGGAUUUUGUAUUGCCCAUGGCGGAGGGAGGAGGUGUCAGCGUGAUGGAUGCCACAAAGGAGCCGAAGGCAGGACUGUGUUCUGUAAGGCCCAUGGCGGUGGUCGGCGGUGCGAGUUUCUUGGCUGCACCAAGAGUGCUGAAGGUCGUACAGACUUCUGCAUCGGUCAUGGCGGUGGUAGGCGGUGCAGCCACGAGGGCUGCACCCAUGCCGCCAGGGGAAAGUCAGGAUUAUGUAUACGACAUGGUGGUGGGAAAAGGUGCAAGAUGGAAGGUUGCACCAAGAGUGCAGAGGGUGUAUCCGGCCUCUGCAUCUCCCAUGGCGGCGGCAGGCGGUGCCGCUAUCCAGCUUGCACAAAAGGCGCUCAAGGGAGCACGAUGUUCUGUAAGGCUCAUGGUGGUGGCAAAAGGUGCACCUUUUUAGGGUGUACAAAGGGAGCAGAAGGUAGCACCAGCUUUUGUAAAGGCCAUGGUGGUGGGAAACGGUGCACAUUUGAAGGCGGCUGUUCGAAGAGCGUCCAUGGCGGCACUCUCUUCUGCGUUAGUCAUGGUGGCGGAAAGCGGUGUGCCGUGGCGGAAUGUACGAAAAGCGCCAGAGGCCGAACUAGUUUUUGUGUUCGUCAUGGUGGUGGCAAAAGAUGCAAACAAGAAGGAUGCGGGAAAAGCGCCCAAGGCCGAACCGAUUUCUGCAAAGCCCAUGGUGGCGGAAAGCGGUGCUCAUGGGGCCAAUCGGGACCAUCCGGUGGUCAAAACUCAACUCCAUGCGAUAAGUUUGCUAGAGGCAAAACUGGUCUGUGUGCUUCCCAUAGUCAGUUGGUACAAGAUAACCAUGAAGGUGGAUUGUUAUCGGUAGGUUUAGGUAGACCGGUGGAGAUGGUGGGGUACUCGCUGCCGGAAGGCAGGGUUCACGGCGGUGGUUUGAUGGCGAUGCUUCAAGAGUCGACCAAUGGUAGGUGGUGAAUGGGUGCAAGUGAAACUUGCAUUUUGUUGAAAGAUAUAUUUAGGUUGGUUGGUUGGUGGUGUUGAUGGGAGGUUUAAAGUGAAUGUAGAUAGAUAAGGUUAGCGUUAAAUAUAGAUGUGAUGGUUUGUGUGUUGUUGUGUGUGUGUAUAUAUAUAUAUGU